UCUUCUCCGUCUCCCCCCUUCUCAAGCCCCCGUCCCCUCCCCUUCUCCAGCCCCCUCCUCCCGGCGCCGGGUGCAAGGUCCCUUUAAGGCGACGGCGCCUUCCUCGGGUCAGACUACCGGCGGCGACGACCACGGGAGCAUGGCGGACACCGACUUGUUUAUGGAAUGUGAGGAGGAGGAGUUGGAGCCAUGGCAGAAAAUUAGUGAUGUCAUUGAGGACUCUGUGGUUGAAGAUUAUAAUUCAGUGGAUAAAACUGCAGUUUCUGUGAGCCAGCAGCCAGUCUCGGCUCCAGUGCCCAUCGCUGCCCAUGCUUCUGUUGCUGGGCACCUCUCUACAUCCACCACCGUUAGUAGCAGCGGGGCACAGAACAGCGACAGUACAAAGAAGACUCUUGUCACACUAAUUGCGAACAACAAUGCUGGCAAUCCUUUGGUCCAGCAAGGUGGACAGCCACUUAUUUUGGCCCAGAAUCCAGCACCAGGCCUGGGAACAAUGGUUACUCAACCAGUUUUGAGGCCUGUCCAGGUUAUGCAGAAUGCAAAUCAUGUGACUAGCUCCCCUGUGGCCUCACAACCAAUAUUCAUCACUACUCAGGGAUUUCCUGUAAGGAAUGUUCGGCCUGUACAAAAUGCAAUGAAUCAGGUUGGGAUUGUGCUGAACGUACAGCAAGGCCAAACGGUUAGACCAAUUACACUAGUCCCAGCCCCAGGUACACAGUUUGUUAAGCCGACAGUUGGAGUCCCACAAGUGUUCUCUCAGAUGACCCCAGUGAGGCCAGGCUCCACAAUGCCUGUGAGGCCAACCACCAACACCUUCACCACUGUCAUCCCAGCUACUCUAACCAUUCGGAGCACCGUCCCACAGUCCCAGUCACAGCAGACCAAGUCCACUCCCAGCACUUCCACAACUCCCACUGCCACACAGCCAACCUCAUUGGGGCAACUAGCUCUUCAGCCUGCAGGCCAGUCCAACCAGACCUCAAAUCCCAAGCUAGCUCCCUCCUUCACCUCUCCACCUGCAGUGAGCAUUGCCAGCUUUGUCACUGUGAAGCGACCAGGGGUUACUGGUGAAAAUAGCAGUGAAGUGGCCAAAUUGGUGAAUACUCUUAACACCAUCCCUUCCCUGGGUCAGAGUCCUGGGCCGUUGGUGGUAUCCAACAACAGUUCUACCCAUGUUGCUCAAAGAACCAGCGGACCUGAAUCUUCAAUGAAAGUGACCUCUUCCAUUCCAGUAUUCGACCUCCAGGAUGGUGGACGGAAAAUAUGUCCACGGUGUAAUGCUCAAUUCCGUGUUACUGAAGCUUUGAGAGGUCACAUGUGUUACUGUUGCCCAGAAAUGGUUGAAUACCAGAAGAAAGGAAAGUCCCUGGAUUCAGAACCCAGCGUCCCAUCAGCUGCAAAGCCUUCAUCCCCUGAGAAGACAGCUCCUAUUACUUCCACACCCUCUUCUACACCUAUUCCUGCUCUGUCACCACCUACCAAAGUACCAGAGCCAAAUGAAAAUGUUGGUGAUGCUGUCCAGACCAAGCUCAUUAUGCUAGUAGAUGAUUUCUAUUAUGGACGGGAUGGUGGGAAAGUAGCCCAGCUCACAAGCUUUCCUAAGGUUGCCACAUCUUUCCGAUGCCCACAUUGUACCAAAAGGCUAAAAAACAACAUUCGAUUUAUGAACCAUAUGAAACACCAUGUAGAACUCGAUCAGCAGAAUGGUGAGGUGGAUGGUCAUACUAUCUGCCAACAUUGUUAUCGCCAGUUUUCCACUCCCUUCCAGCUCCAGUGCCACUUGGAAAACGUUCAUAGUCCCUAUGAAUCUACUACCAAAUGCAAGAUCUGUGAGUGGGCAUUUGAAAGUGAACCACUGUUUCUCCAGCAUAUGAAGGAUACUCACAAGCCUGGAGAGAUGCCUUAUGUUUGUCAGGUGUGUCAAUAUCGCUCCUCCCUCUACUCUGAGGUAGAUGUCCAUUUUCGGAUGAUCCAUGAAGAUACCCGGCAUUUGCUCUGCCCUUAUUGCCUGAAGGUCUUCAAAAAUGGCAAUGCAUUCCAACUCCAUUACAUGAGGCACCAGAAGAGAAAUGUUUAUCACUGCAACAAGUGCCGGCUGCAGUUUCUUUUUGCCAAGGAUAAAAUUGAACACAAGCUUCAGCAUCAUAAAACCUUCCGUAAACCCAAGCAGCUAGAGGGCUUGAAACCAGGCACCAAGGUGACAAUCCGGGCGUCCCGAGGGCAGCCACGAACUGUUCCAAUAUCCUCCAGUGAUACACUUCCCAGCACCUUGCAGGAGGCAGCACCACUGACCUCAGCGGAUCCCCUGCCUGUUUUCCUUUAUCCCCCUGUCCAACGCAACGUCCAGAAGAGAGCCGUUAGGAAAAUGAGUGUCAUGGGCCGGCAGACAUGUCUAGAAUGUAGCUUUGAGAUCCCAGAUUUCCCUAAUCAUUUCCCUACAUAUGUCCACUGCUCUCUCUGUCGCUAUAGUACCUGCUGCUCCCGAGCUUAUGCCAACCACAUGAUCAACAAUCAUGUUCCACGGAAAAGCCCCAAGUAUCUGGCUUUGUUUAAAAACUCUGUGAGUGGAAUCAAGCUGGCCUGCACUUCAUGUACCUUUACUACCUCUGUGGGAGAUGCCAUGGCCAAGCAUUUGGUUUUCAACCCCUCCCACAGAUCCAGCAGUAUCCUGCCGCGGGGACUCAAUUGGCUAUCUCACUCAAGGCAUGGUCAGACACGUGACCGAGUGCAUGACCGGAACUUGAAGAAUAUGUACCCUCCUCUUUCUUUCCCACCUAACAAAGCUGCCACUGUGAAAUCUGCGGGAGCCAUGCCAGCUGAGCCUGAAGAGCUCCCAUUGCCUGUGGCUCCAGCGCUCCCGUCACCAGCCUCAACUGCAACCCCGCCACCAACCCCCACUCACUCGCAGCCUUUAGCCCUUCCACCCUUGGCCCCAGAGGGGACCAAGUGUCUGAAUGUUGAUGACCAGGAUGAAGGCAGCCCAGUCACCCAGGAACCUGAGGCAGCAUCAGGGGGUGGAGGUAAUGGUGGAAUUGGCAAGAAAGAGCAGCUAUCAGUGAAGAAACUUCGAGUAGUACUGUUUGCCCUAUGCUGCAAUACAGAACAGGCAGCUGAACACUUCCGAAACCCCCAGCGACGUAUUCGGCGUUGGCUUCGCCGAUUCCAGGCCUCCCAGGGGGAGAAUCUGGAGGGCAAAUACCUCAGCUUUGAGGCAGAGGAGAAACUGGCUGAGUGGGUGCUGACCCAAAGGGAACAGCAGCUCCCUGUGAAUGAGGAGACCUUAUUCCAGAAGGCCACCAAAAUAGGACGUUCUUUGGAGGGGGGGUUUAAGAUCUCCUAUGAAUGGGCUGUGCGCUUCAUGUUGCGGCACCAUCUGACUCCCCAUGCCCGGCGAGCUGUGGCUCACACCCUACCAAAGGAUGUAGCAGAAAAUGCAGGACUCUUCAUUGAAUUUGUACAGAGGCAAAUUCACAACCAGGACUUACCCCUGUCUAUGAUUGUAGCUAUCGAUGAGAUCUCCUUGUUCCUGGAUACAGAGGUGCUGAGCAGUGAUGACCGCAAGGAGAAUGCCCUGCAGACAGUAGGCACCGGGGAACCUUGGUGUGAUGUAGUGCUAGCCAUUCUGGCAGAUGGCACUAUCCUCCCCACGCUGGUUUUCUAUCGAGGACACAUAGAUCAGCCUGCUAACGUGCCAGACUCUAUAUUGCUAGAAGUGAAGGAAAGUGGCUACAGUGACGAUGAGAUCAUGGAGCUGUGGUCAACUCGCGUGUGGAGGAAGCACACAGCUUGCCAGCGCAGCAAGGGAAUGCUAGUGAUGGACUGUCAUCGCACUCACUUGUCUGAAGAGGUACUGGCUCUGCUGAGUGCCUCUAGCACUUUGCCUGCAGUGGUCCCAGCAGGUUGCAGCUCCAAAAUCCAACCAUUAGAUGUAUGUAUCAAACGGACUGUUAAGAACUUUCUGCACAAAAAGUGGAAGGAGCAGGCUCGGGAAAUGGCAGACACUGCUUGUGAUUCUGAUGUCCUGCUUCAGCUAGUGCUAGUCUGGCUGAGUGAGGUACUGGGCGUCAUUGGAGACUGCCCAGAGCUAGUUCAGCGGUCUUUCCUUGUGGCUAGUGUUCUGCCAGGCCCUGAUGGCAACAUUAACUCACCUACUCGCAAUGCUGACAUGCAGGAGGAGCUCAUUGCCUCCCUAGAGGAGCAGCUAAAGCUGAGUGGGGAACAGUCUGAGGAACCCUCAGCUUCUACUCCCCGACUCAGAUCAUCUCCUGAAGAGACAGUUGAGCCUGAAAGCCUUCACCAGCUGUUUGAGGGGGAGAGUGAAACAGAGUCUUUCUAUGGCUUUGAGGAGGCUGACUUAGACCUCAUGGAAAUCUGAGUGUGGGAUCAUGAGUGUGGAGUCAGAUUGGGAAGGUGAGGGAGGGUAGAGGGAUUUAGGGAAAAAGGGGCAUACCAGGCGGGGUACUUGGUUUAUAUUUUUAAUUUUAUGUCAUUUCCCCUAAUGUUGACUUAUACUUCCCUGUGAAUUUGUGAUUAGGAAAUCAAUAGUGAUCAUUUCUGAGCCGAGGAUCUGACCCCAUUGGUCAUUCACUUCUGCUAAAAACAGGCUUUUGUGACUUUUCUAAAUUUAAAUCACUGUGUUCAGUAUUUUUCUGACAAAAAUCAAGGAAAAAAAAAAACAACCCUUUGUGGGUGAAUGUUGUUUUGUUUCCCCCUUUACCUCAACUGUAUCAUAGUACUUCCAGGUUUUUUGUUUGUUUAACUGUGUGGCCAGUCUUUGGGCAUGUUACUAUCUAAUAACCAUUGUUAAUGUGAGAACAUUUCUGAAGAUGGGAAAGACAAAAAUAUGUAGUUCAAACUGGUUUAUUAUAUAUAUGGAUAAACUUUUUCAUUGUGGUCUUAACACUUUUAUAUAAAAAUGAAAAUGCAAGGAAAAAAAAAAAACCACUGAACUCUUCUUCCUUCUCUUUUUCUUAAUUUCCCUGUCGAGAUGUUGGUUUCAACAGCUCUAGAUCUGAAAUUGUGGCUUUAAAAAUGCAUGAAACCACCCUUAAUCAUCCAGAAUGAAUAGAUUUGUCCUUUCCUCACCAUCCUCCGUCCAACAAAACUAUUUUUUGCUCUUGGAGAUCCUUGAACCCUUCCUUGCCCCAUUCUCACACUGCCCAUCCCUCUGGACAAAGGAGCACACAUAUCCUUAGCCGAGGCACCGAGGUCAUCAGAGCGUGAGGGUGGAAGCCGCUUCCAGAGUUUGUGUCUUCACCCUGCAAGGCCCUUGAGCAGUCCCUGCUUUUUGAACUCCAUCCUGUUCAGUGGACAGCAUGCCUGUUCAAGGGAUCACAGAUCCUACAGCCACGAACUAAUUGUGCUGAACUUUAAAAAGAUAGGUAACCUAUUCAAAUUGUGUUUAUUACCUGUGGCUUUCCCCUAUUUCUCUUAAUGCUUAGAGAAGAAUUUGAUGCAAAGAAGAACAUGGGAGUGUGCACAAAGAAAAAAAAAUAUGAAUCUUUAUUUUUCACUGCCAGCUUGAAGGAAAAUUUUUUCUACAAUUUGCAUGAGGGACUUUUUUUUAAAAAAAAACAAAAAAAAUUCAGUUAUAAGCCAAAUGUACUGUACCAUACAGAGAAAAGGAGCAAAAAAACCAAGUCUACCUUUCCCACAGCUACACCAUUCUUCUGUCCAUCCUGAGGCUUUCAACAGUGUUUUCCUCCUGUGAGCCAAGGAGGCAGCCUGCACAAGCGUUGUAAAUGGUUCGUCUUUAAAAUGUACAUAAGUGGAACAUUUAAUGAGCGGAAAGAUUUUAUAAAUUCCCCCGAAUCCUAGGGUGACCCUGUAGGCUUUCAGCCUGGGAGAGGCUCAAGAUGUCACACUGGUAGUAGGUGUGACGUUUACCACCAGAUCUUCUCCCUGCUGGUUUUUUGUUUUUGUUUUUUAACACCCAGCACACUAUAAUAUAGUGAACUGGAGCAUUCCCUUCCAGAACAGCUUGGCCAGCUUUCAACCCGUGGCAUCCGAAAACUGAACAAAGGAUCCAUCUGGGCUUCUCUUUCCCAGCUUUUUGCCCAAUGCCAUUUUAAUGGACUGAACUUUCAAGUCAACCCUCUGCUUUUGAGAAAUUUGGAGAACUGAGUGGUCACUUCUGUCUACACCCUAAUCCUCCUCUUUGGUAAUCUCUGCAGCAGCCACAGCCUUAGCAGAGCUGGGUUCCUUGUCUCUGCACUCUGACUUUCUGGAUGGGUAAAUUUUUCUAAGAUCAUCAGCAAUGGAUCAACUGGGUUUUGGCCAGGGAAGUUGUCUUUGUGGACUCCGCCUGCAUGGCUUAGUGGUAGAAGGAAGUUUUUUGUUUUGUUCUGUUUUUUUAUAAUUCAGUUUAAUCAAUAAACACGUAUUUAUUGACUA